UUCACAAACUGGCGGUUCCUGUCCCCGUUCACGACUCUCGUCAACGAGAUCGCAGAAGAUGCAGAGACUGAACGCGGCGAACGAUCUAGCACGUAAGGCGCGGCACAUUGGGGAAUGACAUAGCGGCGAGGAAAGAUCGAGUGCUGUCGAAGGUGGACGUUGAAGAUUGAAAAAAAUCACACGUACCGAGACAUAACUGUUUGCAAAGAUGUCGAAACGAUCAGCAGAUAGUGGGGACACCAGUUCCCAACCAGCUAUCAAAAAGGUGCAAUUUGAGCCAAUUCUGAUCGGGCCUAUAUCCACUCUUGAAGAGAUGGAUAUGAAGGUUCUGCAAUUUCAGAAUAAGAAGCUUGCACAGAGAUUGGAGCAAAGACAUAGAAUGGAAGCUGAACUGAGACAGCGUAUUGAACAAUUGGAAAAACGUCAAAUGCAGGACGAUGCAGUACUUAAUGUAGUUAAUCGAUACUGGAAUCAGCUUAAUGAAGACAUACGUGUAUUACUGCAGAGAUUUGAUGCUGAAACUGCUGAUGAAUCUGAAAAUAAAAAUGAGAGUGAAGCUACAACAUCAUUUCUUAUGCAACUAUCUUCCUGGGAUAAAGAAGAGUUAGAUGAGAAGUUGGCAAAUCGUGUUCAAGUGUCAAAACGAGCAGUGUCUAAAGUUGUACAGGCAUUUGAUCGCUUGUCUCAAAGAAAUGAAAAGAUUACUCUUGCGCUCAAAGGGGAGUUUGAUGGCGAAGAGGCGCCAAAUAUUGACGAAGUCGUACGUCGCGCUAAUGCGGAAAUUCAGAUGGAAAAUAGAAAUCUACAAGUGAUAAAUCUACAAUUGCACGAAAAGCAUCACACUAGCUCACUAAAGAUGUCACGAUUGCAAGAUACUAUAAUGGGAAAAGAUACUCUUGUGGCAGAAUUACGGAAUCAAGUAGAUGAUCUGCAGUACGAAUUGAACAAAGUGCGGGCGAGGAAUGAUAAAUUGGAACAUCAUCUUGGUGAAGCAAUUGAAAAGUUGAAAGCAUUUCAGCAAAUUCAUGGUACAGAUGAAAAGGGCAGCAAUAAGCCGAAUACUUUGGUUGCUUCCAGUGUUUCACAGACUAAAGUAGAAGACUUACAAAGAGAACUUGAAGAGACACGUGAACUAGCUAACAACAGACUGCAGGAAUUGGAUAAACUACAUCAGCAACAUCGUGACACCUUGAAAGAAGUAGAAAAAUUGAAAAUGGAUAUAAGACAACUUCCCGAAUCGGUAAUUGUGGAAACAACAGAGUACAAAUGUUUGCAAUCACAAUUUUCUGUGUUAUAUAAUGAGUCCAUGCAAUUAAAAACACAAUUAGACGAUGCUCGCCAACAAUUGCAAUCGAGUAAGAAUGCACAUUUGCGUCACAUCGAGAUGAUGGAGAGCGAAGAGUUAAUGGCUCAAAAGAAAUUGCGUGGAGAGUGUAUACAACUUGAAGAUGUCUUAGCCCAAUUACGCAAGGAGUACGAAAUGCUUCGCAUCGAAUUUGAACAAAAUCUAGCGGCCAAUGAACAAACAGGUCCGAUCAAUCGAGAAAUGCGGCAUCUGAUUACUUCUCUUCAGAAUCACAAUCAACAAUUAAAAGGGGAAGUGCAUCGUUAUAAGCGAAAAUACAAGGAAGUCUCUACUGAAAUACCUCGGUUAAAAAGAGAAGUAGAAGAAUUGACAGCAAAAUUAGGCCAGCAAGCAUCUCAAGAAAAUAAGGAAGGGAAUAAUUCAGAUGGCAGUGGAAAAGAGGAAGAUGCAUCAAACUCCUUGCCAGGUUCUACACAGAUAAAAGAAGAAGGGGGUGUUACAAUCAAAAGAGAAUCUGGUGCUGACGAAGAAGUGGAAACUAUUGAAGUGGGAGAGACUGAAGGUAAUAAAGGGACACCAGAUUCUAUGACGUUAACUUCGCCGACUUUAAAAAAGGAAAAAGACAUUAAACGUGAAAAGGAUAUAAAAAAAGAAUCUGUAAAAACCGAGCAUCGCGAUCCCACACAUCGCACCAAAGACGGAAAACUGGCGGAAUCAGAGAUUGUGAGGGACUUGAAAGCACAGCUCAAGAAGGCUGUGAAUGAAAUGAAAGAGAUGAAACUUCUCUUAGAUAUGUACAAAGGUGUUGGAAAAGAGCAACGAGACAAAGUACAGUUAAUGGCUGCAGAGCGUAAGACGAGAGCAGAGUUGGAGGAUUUACGACAGCAAGUUAAAAAAAUUCAGGAAAGUAAACGCGAGGAACGUAAAAAGUUAGCCGAUGAAGACGCGCAAAUAAAAAUUAAAAAGUUAGAGGAACAAGCAUAUAACCUGCAACGUCAAGUUGCUGGUCAAAAACAGAAUUGUGUAUGGCUGCAGGAGGAAGAAGCGCUUCUGAAUGAGAUGGAAGUAACUGGACAAGCAUUUGAGGACAUGCAGGAACAGAAUUCGAGACUGAUACAACAGCUGCGUGAAAAAGAUGAUGCAAAUUUCAAGCUUAUGACAGAGAGAAUCAAGAGUAAUCAACUGCAUAAACUCGCAAGAGAGGAAAAGGACGUGCUAAAAGAGCAAGUAUCCACGCUGACGACGCAGGUGGAAGCGGCUAACGUUGUCGUACGAAAGUUAGAAGAGAAAGAGCGUCUCUUACAAAACUCUCUCGCCACGGUGGAGAAGGAAUUAGCUCUGAGACAACAGGCGAUGGAAAUGCACAAGCGGAAAGCAAUAGAGAGCGCACAAUCGGCCGCUGACUUGAAACUCCAUCUUGAGAAAUAUCAUUCCCAAAUGAAGGAGGCGCAACAAGUUGUAGCGGAGAAAACAAGUUCCUUGGAAGCUGAAGCAUAUAAAACUAAAAGAUUACAGGAGGAGAUAGCGCAACUUAGACGCAAAGUCGAGCGUAUGAAGAAGAUCGAACUCGCCGAAACAUUGGACGAAGUGAUGGCGGAGGAAUUGCGGGAAUAUAAAGAAACGUUGACGUGUCCUUCCUGCAAAGUGAAGCGCAAAGACGCCGUACUCACGAAAUGCUUCCACGUGUUCUGCUGGGAUUGCUUGCGCACGCGUUAUGAAACGCGACAGCGAAAAUGUCCGAAAUGCAACUGCGCCUUUGGCGCCAACGAUUAUCAUCGACUGUACCUGUCUACAUGAAGAAGAAGGUGCUGAUUUGUUGAAAAGAUUCGCCGCCGCGACGUAGAGUAACGUUUUGUAAUGUGUUACGUACGCAUACUUUUGUUUCUUUUUUAUAUUAUAUUAUAUUGUAAUCUUUUAUUUAUUACUCUGACUUUUUUUAUGAAAACGGCGCGAUUACACCUUUGAUACGCGUUGAUAUGCGACUCAGAAAUCAAGAAUUUUCGUGAGUUCUUAUCAAGACCACUGCGCAUUGAAAAAAGAAUAUGUAAAUCGUAGAACUUAGCGAAUAACAAUCGAGAAUUCUUGAUAAUGGACGAUUUGCUUAUCGCUUAAGUUUAUUACUUAUGUUUUUUUUUAUGCAUUGUGGUCUUUAUACUGCCGACUGACUUAGGAUGAACUCUAUUUGGUGUUAAAAUUGCCGCGAAUCGUUUCAUUAAUCAAUCGAGACAAAAGAUUUUUGUCUCUUUUGUUGUUAAAUUGAUUAAUAAAUGUUUUAAUAUUUGUAAUGCCAAAUGGAGUAUACUCUUAAUAUUCUAAAAUAGAAAAAGAUAGAGUAAAAAUGUGUACAUGUAUAUGUGUAUGAAUGCAAGAGAGAAAGAAACAAUUAGAUUGCAUUUUUAGUCGAUCAGCGCGAAUAUAUAAGCUGAGAAGCUUCUAGUUUUAUAAGAUGAUAUAAAGAAUGAUUUAUAUUUUGAUUUAUCAUUUUGAUCUCGUUUUUAAAGUAAACUUGCACGAAGUUUAAAUCAAUAGUUCCCUAUUGAAUAAUUAUUGUCCCCUGAAAAAUAAUGUUUUCUGUCUAGAAAAAAUGUUUUUAUAGACAUAGAAUAGAAACAUUCUGAAAUUCUGAAAUUAUUGAAGUGGUGAUCAUCGAGGAAGUUUGGAUAAUCACCGAUCUAAAUUGGCAAUCACAUUAGGUUGAAACUAUAUUGAUGACUGAAUCUGAUUGAUUGAUUUGUUAUACAUCAAUCAGACUCAAUUGCUGUUCAAAGUUGAAUCUGCCGAACACGAGUAAUGUUCAACUAUAUCCGUAUAUCAUGGAGGAUAGGGUUCGCAUAAUUACUAUUCAUCUAUUUUCAUUAUCGAAUUGAGAAGUCUCGAAAAAAUAAUUGAAUUCAUUUUCGAUUACAUUUUGGAACCAACAAUUGGCAAUUUAUAUGAUAAUCAUUAUAACUUAUAAAAAAAAUAUUAAUUUAAUUCAUUAAUCGAUAUGGUUUACACAAAAAUUCAUUUUGGUUAUUACUUAUAAUAUACGAGACAGGCAAACUGAUAUAUAAACAGUAAUGUCUUGUACAAGAUUACUCGAUAUUAUACAAUAAUGAAAUGAAUUUUGUUGCUAAUCGUGAAUAUUUUAAUGGUUUUCAUCGAAAAUUGACUAUUGGAAUUGGAGUCAAAUGAAAUCAGUGAAAUGAAACAUGAUAUAUCCUAAAUUUAUAUAUUUUAAGAACUGUGUAAUAACACAAUUCUAUAUAUUUUUAAAAAUAAAAAAUUAAUGAAACAUAAUAAGAGAAAGAAAAAAAUUUAUAUAUAUAUAUAAAAUCUCAAAUUAAGAAAUAUAUUAAUUUCAAAAUUGCAAGAGUGUCAAAGCAAACAUUGUUUGAACAUAAUAAACUGUAUUAUAAAAUUGAAAUAAUUAACAAUUUAUUCUCCAUAAUAAUUCAUAUUUUCUCGUUAAAUGGUUAAACAUUCGAUUAUUAUAUUAGCUCAUUGCGCAUAGUAUAAAUCAUUUUAGAAUAUUUUUGCUCGUACAGACUAAUUAUGAAUGCAGGCAUACAUGUAUGUAUGCAUCUCAUAUAAAAAGAACUAUUUAAGUAAUUUUAAUAAAAAUUUAUCAGUACAUAUAACUUUAAUCGAAUAAAAUAAUCUGUUUUGUA